UGUUAUUUAUCUGAAUUGUAUUUUCUAGUAAGUCAAAGCCAUUAACGGUUGAUACUGAAUGGAUAUCUGAUAUGUCGUGAUUGAAAAAAAUUAGGGAUACUGUUUUCUUAGUAGAGAUCGUUAUCAUUAGUAGUGAUGCUUUUUCUUUUCUUUUUUGAAUAGUUUUUUUUUUAAUGAAUUUAUAUACCGAAUCAUCUUUUUUUUUUUCUUUUUUUUUGGGUGUGUGUGUGUGGAAAUCUUACCGAUGAUAUUAGUCCAGUAUUAGGGUCUUUUGGUUGGCAGUGUGUGUUUCACAAUUAGGUGGUACUUUAAUUCCUGCUGGAUAGACAAGCUUGGUGGAAUGUGUUUGUCUUCUACAGUAGCUGUGAUUAGAUAUGGAUUAUACCUAAUAUUAGAUAAAGACUUUCGAGCUUUCUUCUUCUUCUUUUUUUUUCAACAAAAAAAAAAGAAGAAAAAGUUAUCAUCAAUAUCUAGAUAGCAAGUAGAUUGAUAAGUGCAGUUACCUUCCUGCUUCCUGGCUUUUUGGGGCCUUUCCUCCAUUUCAGAUAGAGACAUUAUUAGAGAGGAAAAAUAUAAGUUUCACGUCUUGAUUCUGUUUGUGAUGAACCAUACUUUGGAACUUGGAACGCCCUAUAUUGUGGUUUGUCGUUCUCAUUUAUUGCCUCUUUACUCCCUCGGGGUAGGGGUAAGGGUUUUGGAAUUUUGAACUUUGAUGGCUGAGGAUAAUAUUGAUGAACUUGUGAGUCCAGUAACUAGUGUGAAGAAUGACUCUGUGGCUGAGGAUAACAUCGAUGAACAUGUGAGUCCAGUAACUAGUGUGAAGAAUGACUCUGUGGCUGAGGAUAACAUCGAUGAACAUGUGAGUCCAGUAACUAGUGUGAAGAAUGACUCUGUGGCUGAGGAUAACACCGAUGACCUAGUGAGUCCAGUAACUAGUGUGAAGAAUGACUCUGUGGCUGAGGAUAACACCGAUGACCUAGUGAGUCCAGUAACUAGUGUGAAGAAUGAAUCUGCUGGACAUAAGCCAGAUAAAAUCAGCACAAGAAAACCAAGAUCUUUGAGUAAUGGACACAGGGUUCUUCCUUGCUAUCGCAAAUCCUCCUCUACUUCAUCUUAUGAUGUUGGCAAUACAAGAAGACAAUCCACUGGGAAGUUGGAUUCUCCUGACAGCGUACAGGAUGUUCUUCCUCAUUAUAUGAGAGCUUCCACUGGUUCUUGCCAUGACUUUUGUAAAUAUGGCAGGAAACAUUCCUCUGAAGCAAAACCAUGGCAUCCUCUAUCAAAAAGAAAGAACAAACUUCUUGCUGAUGAGCAGAGUCCUACACAGACCAUGGUGGGAGAGGCAAAGAAGGGGACUGCGUUCAAGCAGAAGCCUUCCGCUACUACAGGGAGUAUGGUGGGGGAGAGAAAGAAGAUGACUGAAGCUGCGCAAAAGCCUUCCAUUCCUCCAGGGAGUAUGCUGGGAGAGGCAAAGGAGGAGACAGUGGUCAAACAAAAUUCUUCCACUACUUCAGGGAGUACCCUGGGACAGGCGACCAAAGGGACUUUGGUCAAGCAAAAGCCUUCCACUCCUCCAGAGUGUAUGCUGGAAGAGGGAAAGAAGGUGAGACUGGAGAGUAUAUUGGGAGAUGGAAAAACGGUGGCUGUGGUUGAACAAAAGCUUUCUUCUCCUCCAUUGAGCACGCUGGGAGGGGGAGAUGAGGUGACUGUGGUGAAUCAAGAGCCUUCUACUCCUCCGGAGAGUGUGCUGGGAGAGGAAAAGAAGAUAACCAUGGUUGAGAACAUGCCUUCUGCUUCUCCGGAGAGUAUGCUGGAAGAGGGAGAGAAGGUGACUCUGGUUGAGCAAAAGCUUUCUACUCCUCCAGGGGAUAUUCUGGAAGAGGGAAAGAAGGCGACUGUGGUCAAUCAAAAGCCAUCCGCUCCUCCAGGGAGUAUGCUAGGGCAGGGAAAGAAGUUGAAUGUGGUCAAUAGAAGGACUUCUCCCAAGGUUCACUCUCUUGAACCCUCUGAAAUAACAAAGAAAAAAGCACCGCUGCCACCAAAGAGUGUUCACUCUCUGAAGCUGAAUUCUUCAGGUAACAAGAUACCAAAGACAGAAAAGAAAAUGAAAUAUGUUUUGGCAACUAAUUCUCCUCUUGGGCAGAUAAAAAUGGGAAAAUCUUCAUCUAAGAUCUUAAGAGGUGUAGAUGCAGGAGGCAGAAAAGACAAUGACGUCAAUUCUAGAAAACAAAUAAUGGUGUCCAAAGUAUCUGCAGAGAAGUCUUUGAAGACCCCAACUGUUUCAUGUCCUCCAAAAUCUUGCUCUGUUAAACCUUUGAUCUUGAGAGCAAGAAACAUUAAAAGCUUAAAACUGCUGGCUCCUCUGAAGGACCAGAACAAGAUACGGAGAGAUGGAACCAACAAACUGAACCCUGAAAAGGUUCCUGAAAAAACCUUGCAUGUUACCAAGGUGAAGGCAUCACUGAAGUUUUCAUCUCAGUCGCAAUCACGCUCGUUGCCUAAUAAAGAAGAUAAAAAGAAAGUUGCUGAGUCUGCGAACAGUGCAUCAGAUAAAUACACCUCUAGCAGCAAAAAGCUGCUAAACAUAGCAGAAGCAGAAACUGUCGGGAAAAAUCAGAAAAAGAUAUUAAGAAAAGGCAAGGCAGGUGUUUCUAAUGAUUCCAAUCCUUCGGUGGUGAAACUGAAAUUCAGGAGGGGUAAGGUAGUUGAUCUCCAGCAAGAAACCAGCAGCCCUAGGAGGCUGAUAUUUAGAUGGGGACGACAUAUGGGGGAAAGCCAGGAUAGCAAGGGUGAUACAAGAAGGAGAAUCUUAAAAAAGAAAGGAGUUGAUGCUGACAAUAAUAGCACCAUCCUAAGCUCUGGAAAAAUUGUUUUGAGGCAUCAGGAUGUGCAGGAAAAAAAAGAUGUGCAGGGUUUGUUGAAUAAUGUGAUUGAAGAGACGGCGAGUAAGCUUGUUGAAACCAGGAAGAGCAAAGUUAAAGCUUUGGUUGGAGCUUUUGAGACAGUAAUUUCCCGCCAAGAUAAACCUUCUACAGUCACAGUUUCUUGAAUUUAACAAAACAGAAUUUUAUACACAUAGGAGCAAUUGCAAAUAUAGUGGAUGAUAGAGCUUUUCUGACCUGGUUUGAGUGAGUUUCUCGUGUUUCUUAUUCUGACUCUUCUUCUUAACCAUUUCUUGAUGGGUUGCCGGUUCUGUUCUUAUGAUUGAAUAAAUUCAAUUUCUUCUGGAUGCAUCUUCUUUGAAUUGGGAGAUAAAAUCAUGCAAGAUUAUGAUUUUUUCUUCGCUUAUGGAAGUUGAGAUAGUGGUGUUAAAUCUGUGGGUGUCUGGCUAUACUAUAUUCCAAUGUUGGGCUGGCUGCUCAUUGAACAUAUAUUGCUGUUUGACAUAUUUUACGUGGAAUUUAUUCAUGCUUUCUGUCGAAUAAGCCCAUUGAAGAAGACGGAGCAUGUGAAAAUACUAUGCAAGGAGAGUUUUGGCUGUGGUGUACUGGUUUGACAUUUUGCUUGUAUACUGUUUGCUAUAGCCGUUUUUGGGAAGGCGUCAUUUCUUGACUGCAAAAUAUACUGUUGUUUCUUCA